CGGGGCAGCUGGCUGAGAAACUGGGCGUCAGGCACCCGGGGCCGCCCCCGCCGCGGUUCCCCGGCCCGGGGGGCCCCCCCGGCCCCAUGGGUGGGGGUCCCCUGCACCCCGACCUGCACCCGGACAUGCACCCCGAGCUGCACCCCGACCUGCACCCCGAGAUGCCCCUGGGACCCCCCCUGGGGCCCCCCGGGCCCCCCCUGCUGCCCUACGGAGGGGGCGGCCCCGAGGAGCCCCCGCACUCCGGGAUGAUCCCACCGGGAGCGGGGCCGGGGCCGGGGCAGGGACAGCCCUUCUACGACCCCUUCUACCCCCAGGAGGGCAUGGACAUGGAGCCCGGCAUGAUGGGAGACCCAGAUGACUACGGCGGGUACGAGCCCCUGGAGGGCCCGGGGGGUGAGCCGAUGUUCCCGGAGCCGUCCCUGGACCCCGAGGGGCUGUGCGAGGGCCCCCCCGGGCUGGGCAAGGCCCCCGGCGUGCCCGGCAUUCCCGAGUUCCUGCCGUCGGCGCAGCGGGCGCUGUUCCUGCGCAUCCAGCACAAGCAGCACGAGGAGGACGAGCAGCAGCAGCAGCAGCAGCAGCAGCAGCAGCAGCAGCAGCAGCAACAGCAGCAGCGCGGCCGCAGGGGCGGAGAGCCCGGGAGAACGGACAGGGACAACGAGGAAGGAGACCCCGGGAACUGGUACUCGAGCGACGAGGACGAGGGCGGCAGCAGCGUCACCUCCAUCCUCAAAUCCCUGCGGCAGCAGAGCUCGGGGAGAGCCCCCAACCCCCCCGGGGACCCCCCCAGCGACCCUCGGCUGCAGAGACCCCCCCGCCCCGCCGACCCCCGGCUGCGGGACCCGCGGCUGGCCCGCAAUUGCGAGCUCCUCCAGCAGCACCAGCAGCUCCAGCAGCUCCAGCAGCACCAGCAGCACCAGCAGCUCCAGCAGCUCCAGUCAGCGGCCGACCCGGGGCCGUCGGACCCGCGGCUGGCCCGGCACGGCCCCCCCAAAGCGGAGCCGCCCCCCGGCAGAGCCCCCCAGCAGCAGGAGGAGGAGGACGGGGAGCGGCUGCUGCGGGACAAGGCCCUGAGCAUCCCCCUGGAGCCGCUGCCCGGGCAGAGCCAGCGCGACCCCCGCUCGCAGCUGCAGCAGUUCAGCCACAUCCGCAAGGCCGUCGUGCUGCCCAAGCCGCCCUUCGCCCGCAGCGUCCUGUGGAGCCCCAAGGACCUCAUCCCGCUGCCCCUGCCCCCCCAGGACCCCCCCGGCCCUGCCGCCCGCCCCCCACCCCACAACCUCGACCCCCGGCUGCUGCGGGCGCCCUCGGACCCGCGGCGCGCGGCGGCCGAGCCGGGCCCUUCCUCGGCCUCCUCCUCGUCCUCCUCCUCCUCCCUGCCGGACUUCGAGCUGCUCUCCCGCAUCCUCAAGACUGUCAACGCCUCGGGGGGGGACAAACCCAGCGACCCCCGCGUGAGGAAAACCCCCCCGGCCGACCCUCGGCUGCAGAAACCCCCGGAGAGCGGCGGCACCGCCAAAGGCCCCGAGGGCGGCGGCGACGACGACGACGACGACUCCGGCCCCGCCAUCGCCCCCUACGACCCCCGGCUGAGCUGGGGAGGGGGCGGCCAGAGCAGCGUCCUGAGCGCCAUCAGCCUGUACGACCCCCGGACUGCGCAGAGCCCCGAGGGCCCCCGGGGCGACGCCAGCCCCUCGCAGAGCGAGAGAGAGCGCCCGGCAAGGCCCGCGAGCCGCCCUUCCUGCGGCGCUCGGCGCUGGAGCCGCCGCCGGCGCCCGACGGCGACCGCGACAGGGACAGGGACAGGGACAGGGACAGGGACAGGGCGGAGCCCCCAGACAGGUACAACAGCUACAACCGGCCCCGGCCGCGCCCGGCCCCCCAGAACCCAGCCCAGCCCGAGGGCAGCCCCCAGCCCGCCCUGCACAACCUGCCCGUGCCCCCCGCCCUCUACGGCCGCGCCGGCCCCAAACACGGCCCCCGGCCCGGAGCCGGGAGCCCCUUCCCGGGAAACAGCCCCGGCCACGACCCCCCCGAGGACGCCGCCUCGCUCAAGGACGUCUUCAAGGGCUUCGACCCCACGGCGUCGCCCUUCUGCCAGUGAGGGCAGCCUGAAAUCCGGCCAGAAAUGCCCCAAAUCCACCCAAAAAUCCGGCUGAAAAUACCCCAGAUCUGCCCAGAGACCCCAAAUCCACCCAGAAACCUCAAAUCCAUCCAAAACCCCAAAUCCACCCAAAAACCCCAAAUCCACCCAGAAACCCCAAAUCCAUCCAAAAACUCCAAAUCCACCCAGAAACCCCAAAUCUAUCCAGAAACCCCAAAAUCUAUCCAGAAAUCCCAAAUCCACCCAGAGACCCCAAAAUCUAUCCAAAAACCCCAAAUCCACCCAGAGACCCCAAAAUCUAUCCAGAAACCCCAAAUCCAUCUAGAAACCCCAAAUCUAUCCAGAAAUCCCAAAUCCACCCAGAAACCCCAAAAUCUAUCCAGAAAUCCCAAAUCCACCCAGAGACCCCAAAAUCUAUCCAGAAAUCCCAAAUCCACCCAGAAACCCCGAAAUCCACCCAAAACCCCAGCCUGGCUCAAGGACGUCUUCAAGGACUUCGACCCCAUGGCCUCGCCCUUCUGCCAGUGAGGGUGACCCCAAAUCCAGCCAGGAUCGCCCCAAAGCCACCCAGAAACCACAAAUCCACCCAAAAAUCUGGCUUAAACAACCCCAGAUCCACCCAGGAACCCCAAAUCCACCCAAAAAUCCGGCUGAAAAUACUCAAAUCCAGCCAAAACUCCCCAAAUCCACCCAGAAACCCCAGCCCGGCUCAAGGUUGCAUUCAAGGCCUCCAAAAAUCCCCAAACUGCCCCAAAAUAACCCCAAAAACACCCCCAAAAGCUGCCCCAGAAAACUGAUGCAGACCCAAAACCCCCCAAAAUUGGCCCAAAAAACCCCAAAUGCCCAAACCUGUCCCCCAAAAAACCAAACCUGCCCCAAAAACCCCGAAGCAGACCCAAAACCCCCCAAAAUUGACCCCAAAACCCCCGAGUUUGACCCAAAAAAUCCCAAAGCUGCUCCAGAAAUUCCAGAUUCUGCUCCAAAAAUUCCAAUUCUGCUCCAGAAAUUCCCCCCAGAGCAGCCCUGGGUGGAUUUUCAGGUGGAUUUUGGGUGGAUUUGGGGUCAUUUUGUCGCUUUUUGCUCCUUUUCCUUUCUCUUCAGCCAUAGAAACUGUAAAUAAAUCCCGGAUUUUCCCCAAAUUCCCAGGAAUUUUCCCUGGCAGUGACAAAUGAAAACCCUUUUGGCUUCAUUUCCCUUUUUUUUUUCCCCAAAAAACCCCAAUUUUGGGGGGGAAAACCCAAGAAUUUUGUUGUUUCCAACGGCAAAAUGCCCCAAAUUGUUGGGCUUUUGCCCCAAAAUGUGGUGCUGGGGGCUCCUGAAAUCCUGUUUUUCACUGGAUUAAAUCAAGUUUUGGGGAGAUCUGAGGCUCUUUGGCAGAUUUUGCUUUGGGAAAGGGGAGAAAAUGAGGAGAAAAUCAGGAAAAAACAGCUGGAAAUGAUCAAAAAAUGGACAAAAAUUAUGAAAAUCCAUAAAAAACCGAGCAAAAAACCAGAAAAAAAUUGCCCAGGAAAAGACAGGAAAUUCAUGGAAAAAUCCCAAAUCUCAGAAAAUGCAUAAAAAUAGGGGGGAAAAUCUUGGGAUAAUGGGCGAAAAUAUGGGAAAAAUCAUAAAAAAAUGGACAAAAUUAUGGGGAAAACAUGAAAAAAAUGCCCCCAGAAAAUCAAAAUACACCAAAAUCUGCUCAAGAAAAGACAGGAAAAUACAGAGAAAUCACGGAAAACUUCCCAAAUUGGGGGAAAUGUGUAAAAAUAGGGAAAAAAUCCUGAAAUCGUGGACAAAAAAAUGCCAAACUGCACCAAAAUCCUGGAAAAAUUUCCAUUCUGGGGGGAGUGGAAAAAACUUUGGGAUCAUUUGAACCAAAAUCUGGAAUUUUCACCUCUUUCCCUCGGGAUUUGGAGCUGGAGAAGGGGGAUUUUGAGCCCCAAAAAAAUAACAAUUUUGGGCAAUUUGGGGCUGAAUUUUCAACCAAAACCCCUGGGAAAGGUUUUUUUUUGGGGGGGGACAAACAACUUUUUUUGGGGGGAGAAAAAACCCCCUCAUUUUGGGGGAAAACCCACCUAAUUUGGGGGGGAAAACCCCUCAUUUUUGGGGAAAAAAAGAACUCAUUUUUGGGGAAAAAAACCCCUUUUUUGGGAGGGUGAGGAAAUCACAUUUUUGAGCAGCCCUGAAAAGCCCCAAAAAGGGGGGGGGGGGGGUUUUGCCCCCAAAAAGGCACCGAUUUUUUUACUCUCAUUUCCCACUUUUUUUUGCCGGGAAUUUUUUUGGGGGAAGAAAACGGGACUUUUGUAAAAGGAUUUCUUGGGAUUGAGGUUUGGGGGUUUUUUGGGUGGGGGGU